GGAGAAGAUAAUUUCACUUACUGUCCAGCAACAGGCCUAGCUAAAGGAAAUGAGCACUCAGAAUUUGCUGGCUGGGCAUUUCCAUUUCCAGGGGUGUUUCUGAUGGAGGAGUUCAUUAGCGAAGAGGAAGAAUCUGAGAUAGUUGAACUGAUGGAUCAAGAUGACUGGAAACCAUCACAGUCUGGCCGAAAGAAACAGGACUAUGGACCCAAAGUGAACUUUAAGAAACAAAGGUUGAAAUCUGGCAGCUUUACUGGUUUGCCAAGUUUUAGUAAAAAGAUUGUGGCACAAAUGAAGGUCUGCUCUGUACUAGGCGGUUUCUUACCUGUUGAACAAUGUAAUCUGGACUACGUGCCAGAAAGAGGUUCUGCCAUCGACCCACAUUUUGAUGACUGGUGGCUUUGGGGAGAGCGUCUGGUUAGCUUAAACUUGCUCUCAAAAACUGUGCUAUCCAUGUCUUGUGAUUCAGAGGACAGUAUCCAAUUAUUUUCCACUUUCAGUAAAGAAAACAGCGAAUUAAGUCUCCCUGGAUCUUUUACACAGACGUCAGCGUGCAAAAAUUCAGGCAACGAGGGAAUCAACUGCAUUUUAUCCCCAAGGCUUGUUCCAAGUAAAGAAGUGACUGUUGCCAUUCACUUACCCCGAAGGUCUCUGGUGGUGCUGUAUGGUGAUGCACGGUACAAGUGGAAACACGCAAUUUACCGCAAGCAUAUAGAGCAUCGCCGAAUCUGUGUCACCUUCAGGGAGCUGUCCGCAGAGUUCAGCGCCGGAGGUAGGCAUGAAGAACUGGGUAAAGAACUGCUAGAAAUAGCUCUUUCAUUUCAAGGAAGACCAGUGUGAUCAGCAA